AUGAUGGAGAGCCAGCUGGACACCGCCGGGAUACCAUCUCGAAUUUGUGCUGGGGCAACGCCAGGGCACCGUGGCAAAAGGAUCGGGCCACAGUCGAAGCGCGAUCCAGAGCAGCAUCGGAGCUCCAGCGCGCGCCGGAGCCCGCGAGCGCCCUGUCACGGCGAGCGCUGCCUCGCGAUGGAGCCGACCCGCGCAGCAGAGGCAGACGCGCAGUCGGAGACGCUGGCAGGCUCGGACCUGGCGGGCGUUCGCAGCCUGCGGGACGCGGCGCGGGCCGGCGCGGGCGUCUACUGGGACUUUGCCGCUUCGGCCGCCAGGCGAGGCAGGUCGUGGCAGGAGCGCGCCCCGGAGGAGGUGCGCCUGGAGCUGAGCAGAGACUGCACCGAGGAGGAGCUGCAGGCCUGCCGGGCCGAGUGCAGGAUCGACGAGGUCGGGCCGGCGCCCGACGGGGUCAGCCCAGAGGUGCUGAUCAUCAUCGGGCCGAGCGGCGCGGGCAAGUCCAUGGCUCUGCCGAAGGCUGCAGAGCUGUUCGGCCUCGACCUGUCUGGAUUCGCCCACGUGGACGGGGACGACAUGCGUUCUUGCCACGGCGCGUGGAAGGCGCUCGUCGUGGGCGACGAGGAGAAUGGCUACCUGGACGCCUACGACAUAUACGUGAGCAACAAGAUCGCAACAAGGACCUUAAGAAAAAGUAUUCCAAAGAGUGCCUGA